ACUGAUCGACAGCUCAACUUGAUCCUCCUCAAAUAAAGAAUCAGAGUCUUCUCUCUCUUUCUCUUCCUCUCUCUCUACAGGGUUCCUGAUUUACCGAACUUAGUCAUGGCUAUGCAAACUGGAAUCGGCGUCUCUAGGAUCCUCAUCCUCGCCGGAGCAGGAUACACCGGUACGAUCAUGCUCAAAAACGGUAAAUUAUCCGAAUUACUCGCUGAACUUCAGAGCUUGGUGAAGGGGAUGGAAAAAUCCGGGGAAAAAUCUGAUGGUGAUUCUGACUACUCUGAUGCCAUUGCCCAACAGGUGCGUAGGUUGGCAAUGGAAGUUCGGCAACUGGCCUCUGCACGGCAAAUAACAGUUCUCAGUGGGAAUUCUGGCCAAAUGGGUAACCUCACAGGUCUUAUAGUUCCAGCUGCCACCCUGGGGGCAUUGGGUUAUGGUUACAUGUGGUGGAAGGGUCUAAAAUUCUCAGAUCUUAUGUACGUAACAAAGCGCAGUAUGGCAAGUGCUGUUUCAAACUUGACAAAACAUUUGGAGCAAGUAUCCGAGGCUCUGUCUACUGCCAAGAUACAUUUAACACAAAGAAUACAACAUUUGGAUGAUAAAAUGGAGAGUCAAAAGGAGAUCUCAAAGGCAAUUCAAAAUGAUGUCAAUGCUGCCUCUGAAAAUCUAACACUAAUUGGUUCUGAGCUGUGGCAGUUGCAGUGUUUGGUAUCUGGUCUGGAUGGGAAGAUAGGUUCAUUGGAGGAGAAACAGGAUAUUGCAAAUAUGGGUGUGAUGUACUUGUGCAACUUUGUUGGUGGCAAGAAAGCAAAAAUGCCUAAAGCUCUGGAGGAUCAGCUUAAACCUUCAGGGAGAACUCGUGCUUCACUCACAUACUCUGAAGUCCCAAGUUUGACGGGUCUAAAGGAGCUUGCGGACGAUUUAUCUCAAACUUUCAGCAAGCCAGCAACUGACGCUACUUUGCAAGAUGGAACUGAUAAUCUGGAAGACCAGCUAAGAACCCCACGUAAUGAACCAAGAGCUCUUCUCAGGUUUAAUUCUGCCAGGUGUUGAUUGCAAUGCCCUAAACACAAUCAUCACCAAACCGCAUCUCUGCAACAGUCUUGUUGAUUAUUUUAUGUACAAAUAAAGGAGAUUUUUAACCACACUGAGGAACAAUCUCGGAAAUGGUGGUUGAUUUCUUAUGGUAGAUUACUCCAGCAGGUUCCUAUUUGACUGCCCACGAUGCCCUGCUUUAGAAAUUCAAUAAGACAUGCUAUCUGUUUGUAUUACAACGUUUCAUUUUAUCAGGAUUGUUUAAUGGUAGCAAGUGUUGUGGCAACUACCCGUAGUCCUGUAAAGUAUAAAAUUUUUUGGUAUUAAACCGACACUUAUAGUCAAAAUUGGAUUGUUA